AUGUCGCUUUCGUCGCCCAACCCAGUCACGACUCCGCAGCAACCCUCGUUCCGAUGCGACUUCCCCGGAUGUAGCCUUAGCUACCGGCGCAAGGAACAUCUCACACGUCAUGCCAAAAGUCAUUACAGAAAUCAAUCCUACAGAUGCCCGUUCUGCGGCCGUGUCUGUGCGAGGAACGAUACACUCCGUCAACAUGUUCGUACGCAUCAUAAAAACAAGGAACUCCAAUCGUCUCGAGUGGUUCAGGCCUGCAACUACUGUCGCUCACGAAGGUCAAGAUGCAAUGGCAAGAGCCCCUGCGAUACCUGUGUUGAGCGAGGAAUCUCGUGCUCUUACACCUCAAAUCCUCGACGCCAGGAAUUACAACAAACCGAUAGCCAUGAUAGCUCUUCAACACCCAUGGAUACAGAGAGUCCCUCUCUUGUGUCAUUCUCUUGUGUGCAGUCAAGCUCUCUUCAGAGCGCAGAAAUGAUGGAGAAGAGCUCAUGUACAAUCGCACCAUACGUCAAGGCCUACUUUGAGAAAUUCCACCCCAAAUGGCCAUUUUUACACCCAGCUACGUUCGACCCUGACCGCGAGCCAGCUUUCCUUUUGCAAUCAGUGGUCAUGCUAGGUCUGUGGGUGACCGGGGAUGAUAACUCGCGGAAGGCAGCGAAAGACCUACAUCUAAAGCUCACCUCCACCUUUUAUGAACAAAGAGAGAAAUGGAAUAUGUCCAAUUCCCAAGACGAGCGGUCACAGCAACAGACUGAAACGCCCUCGUCAAAAUCCAUAUCUUGGCCAAUGGCAACAUAUCAGGGAAUAUUGUUGCAGCUCAUUUUUGCGCUCUUCCUUUCUCAUGGCACUUUGGACCUGGGACUGACCCAUUCUUUGCCAAUAAAUACAUCUCGGCUUCUCAUCGCCCUUGUGCACACAUGUCUAAAGCAGAACAUGUUUUACUACCCUUCAAUGCUGGCUCAAUUCAAUCCAGAAACUGACCCUGAGGUGCUCAUAUGGCUGGGUAUCGAAGAGAUCAAACGAUUCUGCUUGUCGUUGUACAGAGUUUGCCGGCAAUCUCACAUAGCUGGCCCCGAUAUCCAGCAAGAUGCAUCCGUUCUCAACACCCGUCGUGGACCACAUCGACUUGGAGAGAGCCUGCUGUCCUUGACAGAUUUGCAGUUUGCAUUACCAAACAGUGAUGAGCUCUGGCAUGCCACCUCAGGCUUGGCUGCGCGAGUCACCGAGAAUUCGGCCGCGUACCACAAUGAGAACAUUGAAGGAAACUGGAUUUCCCAAACUGCACGUCUACUACAGCCCUGUGAUGCGCAAUUUUUAUGGUUAUGA